CGAUGCCCACCUGAAGACAAAAGCACUGACCACUAAGAGCUGAGACCUUCCACAUUAAGCGACUUACUUCAAAUAAGCAACAGAGAGCGGACAGACAGGUGAUAAGAACACAACGAACUCUGACAAAUUCCUCCAACACAUGGAAAAUCAAUCGGUAACAGCUCUCCCCCGCGAUGAUUUCCCUCUCUCCCUCCUCAUCAAUCACACCCAUAGACUCCAAGAUCACGACACCCUCACGGCGGACGCCAUGUACGCUGAAGAACUCAUCUUCCAGGAGGCUCUAAUGGCGUCCCUCGUAUCCCCCAAUACUGUCCUCGGACUCCCCGAAUCAUCGUCUUCCCUCAGAGACCCCGAACCAUCGCCCUCCCUCGAACUCGGGGAACCGUCGCGGUUCUUCUGCGAAAUCUGCGCGGAGACCAAAGAGAGCGAUCAGGUGUUCACAGUUCAGACCUGCAACCACCAAUUCUGCGCCGAGUGCAUCGCCAAACACGUAGCUGUCAAAAUCGGGAAAUCCCCGAUCGAGAACGGGCCGAGAUUCUCCUGCCCUGCGGGCACGGACUGCGGAGGCACAGUCGAGAUCGAGAAAUGCGUCGAGGUGGUGCCGAACGAUGUUCUGGUGAUGUGGGGGGACGCGAUAUGCGAGUCCAUGAUCGGUGCGUCGCAUAAAUUCUACUGCCCGUACAAGGAUUGCUCUGGGUUGCUGGUGAAUGAUGGGGAAGAGCUUGUAAGGGAGUCGGAGUGCCCCUUUUGCCGUAGGCUGUUCUGUGCGCAGUGCCGGGUGCCGUGGCACUCCGGGAUUGGGUGUGAAGAGUUCUCGAGGUUGUCGGAGAGCGAGCGAGGGAGGGAAGAUCUGUUGGUGCAUGAGCUUGCCAAGUUGAAGAAGUGGCAGAGAUGUCCUCAUUGCAAGUUCUUCGUGGAGAAAAAUGAGGGCUGUUUGCAUAUGACUUGCAGGUGUGGAUAUGAAUUUUGCUAUGCAUGUGGAGCGAUUUGGAGAUCAACUCACCACGAAAGUUGCCAGUGACGAUGUUGAAACUCUUAAUGAUGUUAGAACACAAGUGAAAAUUCCAGCUGAUUUAAAUUCAUCUGUUGGAUAUUCCGUCAUUUUGUUUACGUUUGACUGCCUAUAUUAUACACCCAGAAUUAACUUAAAUAGAUAAAUAUAUAAAUUUGGUUUUGUCUCCGAUAAAUUAUACUGACAUUCUCGAAAAUUAGA